GCCGCCAUGGAGAUGGCCCGCCUCAGCAUCCCGGCCGACCAGCCCAUGGCCGUGCAGCAAUGGAACGGCCUCAUCGCCGUCAACUACCCUGCGCGUGCGUACGGCAUCACGCGGCACGAGGCGCCCGCCGAGGCGCUCAAGAAGUGCCCCCACAUCCGCCUCGUGCACUGCCAGACGUACAAGAACGGCGAGACCGAGCCCGGGUACUGGGACGACCCCAAGCCCGAGACGCACAAGAUCUCGCUCGACAUGUACCGCAAGGAGUCGCGCAAGAUUCUCGCCGUCUUCAGCGAGUUUUGCCCCGUCGUCGAAAAGGCCUCGAUCGACGAGUCGUUCCUCGACCUCACGCUCCCCGUCCGCCAGCUCCUCCUCGAGCGCUACCCGUCCCUGUCGGCCCUCCCUGCCGGCGCCACGCUCGACGAGCCCCUCCCUGCGCCCGCCGACCUCGGCAUCACGCGCGACUCGGUCCCGUGGGACGACCUGUGCAACCUCGUGCCGUUCGCCGGCCAGAAGCAGGACAAGAUCAAGCGCCUCGACGCCGAGGGCGCGCCCGUCCCGGCCUCGUCGUCGUCCCCCGUCAAAUCCUCGACCCUCGCCGGCUGCGGUGACGGCGGCGAGGACGGCGACGACGGCGAGCCGCCCCUGUCGUGGUCCGACAUUGCCCUGAGCCUCGGCGCGCUCCUCGUCGGCGACAUCCGCAACGCCGUGCGCGCCCGCCUCGGCUACACGUGCUCGGCCGGGAUCGCGACCAACAAGAUGCUCGCCAAGCUCACGAGCGCGUGGAAGAAGCCCAACGCCCAGACCGUCCUCCGCCACUGCGCCGUCCCGGCCUUCCUGCGCCCGAUGGGCUUACAGAAGAUCCGCAACCUUGGAGGCAAGAUUGGCAACGCCGUCAAGGAAACGUACGAGGCCGAGACGGUCGGUGACCUCCUCAUGAUCUCGAGCAAGAACUUUCGGCCGUCGGUCAGCAAGUACGGCGAGGUGGUCCGUCCCCUCUCUCCCUCUCUCCUCUCGAGCUCUGCCCUACGCACCAAGACUGACUCUCUUCCUCCUUCUUACGCGACACAGAUGCACUGGCUCAACAUCCUCGCGACCGAGCUUCAUCUGCGCCUGCUCGACGCGCGCGCCGAGUCGCCCGGCCUGUGGCCCAAGACGAUCACGUUCACGCACCGCUCGCCCUCGUUCGUCAUCCGGUCGCACCAGGCCCCCUUCCCCUUCACCUCGUCCCUCAGCAUCGCCUACAUCUUGCGCGCCGCCGACAAGCUCCUGCGCGCCGCCCUCUCCGAGAGCGCCGUCGGCCCGUACUCGAACAUGAUGCUCAGCUUUUCGGGCCUCGAGCGGCUCGAGGACGGGCAGAGGGGGAUCGAGGGCUUCUUCGCGGCGCAGCAGGCGCGUGGGACGACGGGAGGUGCGGCUGGGGCGAGGGCGUCGUCAGACGACGACGCUCGCCCUUCUACGCCGCCUCGCCGCGUCAAGCGCCCUCGAGUGCCGACCUACACGUGCGCCCGGUGUGCGCGCGUCCUGAGCGUGCCGGACGGCGUGGCGGAGCGAGGAGCCGAGGACGAGGUGCGCGAGGCGCUCGAGCGCGAGAAGGCCGAGCACGCCGACUGGCACGUCGCGAGGGACCUUGUCGGUGCGUCUCUCGUCUCUCUCUCCUCUCCUUUCCCUGUCCUGGGACCUCUCAUUGACCCUGCCCUCGCCCGUGUGCGCGCAGAGACGGAGCGCAAGGAGAGCGGGUGGACCCUCGGCGGCACGGCGUCGCGAUCGUCGGCCUCGUCGCUCGGCAGCAAGGGCAAGACGGCCAAGGGCUCGUCGUCGUCGACGUCGUCAGCGUCGAAGGAGGCGUCGACGAGCAAGCGCUCGAAGCAGAAGGACAAGAAGCGGGACGGCGCGGGAACGUUGAACGGGUUCCUGCGCCGAGGGUGA